GGCGGAUCUAUUGGGGCGUAUGAAUACGAGGGAGGAUCCGAAUGAGGAGACUUCGGAUGCUGAAAGCUACUCCGAGUGGAACCAAGGUGUCGGCUGGAAGCGCGGUGUGGCUAGCGCAUCGCGAUCAGCUUAAACCACAUUACCAGCAACAAGGCGAACGGCCGAACCUGAUGACGCCGUUCGAGAAGUCUACGCCGGACGCGGCAGUGGUGGAUUUGGACGUUGAGAUGCUGAAUUUAGACGAAGAUAUGUUGGGGGCCGGAUACGGCGGAAGCGGCUUGUUCCGGGGUUUCCCGGAAGCUGCAACGGCACGAUCCAGAAGCCGGAAGCGAGACGCAUCCGCGGCGGAAUUGCCGGCGGUCUGCCUUCGGCGCUCGAAGAGAAACAGGAAGCCUGUUUCGAACAGUGAAUUCAUUUAUGAUUAAUUAUACAUUAACAGAACACUUUGUUCUUUCAAAUUAAUACAAACAGUUGAAUUAGAUUUGUACUUGAUACAGUUUUCUUUAUAUCCAUUUAUUUGUUAUCAUUUAUCUAUGAGUUCGAUUAACUUUAGUUUUAAGCAAA